UUUAGUUUUGAAUACAUCGCUAGAAUUUAUCCAUCAGGCAGUCGGAAGGACGCUCCGCAGAGGUCCUAACGCUUUUAACCCGCACAUGCGCAAAUGAAAAAGUCUCUUUCUCGGUGAUCGCAAUGGCGGACGCAGAAAAAAAGGUUCCGGCGGUCCCUGAGAGCCUUUUGAAAAGGCGAAAGGCCUACGCGGCCAUGAAGGCCAUGCGUGUCAAGAAGCUGCUGGCUGAGAAAAAGGUCCGCAAGGUGACCAGGAAACUGAUCUACAAGAGGGCUGAGAAGUACCACAAGGAGUACAGGCAGAUGUACAGGCGUGAGAUACGAAUGGGCCGUAUGGCUCGCAAAGUGGGAAACUUCUAUGUGCCAGCUGAGCCCAAACUGGCCUUUGUCAUCAGGAUCAGAGGCAUCAACGGCGUGAGCCCCAAGGUCCGCAAAGUUCUGCAGCUGCUCCGUCUGCGCCAGAUCUUCAACGGUGUCUUUGUCAAGCUGAACAAGGCAUCAAUCAACAUGCUCAGAAUUGCAGAGCCUUACAUCGCUUGGGGAUACCCCAACCUGAAGUCUGUGCGCGAGCUCGUCUACAAACGUGGCUUCGGCAAGAUCAGGAAACAGCGCAUUGCCCUCACAGACAAUGCUUUGGUGGAGAAGUCCCUCGGCAAAUAUGGCAUCAUCUGUGUUGAGGACCUCAUCCAUGAGAUUUACACAGUUGGAAAGAACUUCAAGCCCGCCAACAACUUCCUGUGGCCCUUCAAGCUGUCGUCCCCACGCGGCGGCAUGAACAAGAAGACCACACACUUCGUGGAGGGAGGAGAUGCCGGCAACAGGGAGGAUCAGAUCAACAGACUGAUCAGGAGGAUGAACUAAAGUCGUGGUUUUCAAAAGGACUCAAAAUGUACAAUAAAAAUUUGGAGGAAAAAAAA